UAAUGAGCUCAGAAUUAAUUUUAAGUGUACGUUUAGAUCCUCAAACAGUAUCAACAAUUAAAUUAAGCGAUAUUAAUUUCAAAACAAAGGUAGAAGAACUGAAACAUGAGGUAGCUGGAAGGGUUAACCUAACAAAAGAAUCAUUUGAAUUGAUUUAUUGUGGGUGCGUCCUAGAGGAUGAUAUGACUUUAGAAUCUUAUGGUUUAAAAGGUGGUGCAAUGGUACACGUUUUAAGAAAAAGGGAAUCAGAAAUGUUAUCAUUUCCUAAAGAUAUAUCAGAAGAUAGAAUAUUGCAGCUUGUAUCUGCAUUUAAAUCUUUUAAGAAAAAUCCUGGUCUCCGAAGUGCAUUAUAUCGUAUAGGUAAAAAACCAGAAGUUUUGAACAAUAUCAUCUCAUCUUCUCCUGGAUUACAUGAAGAUACUGUAGCAAUUGCAAUUUUACAGGACCCUGAUUUAAUGUCAUAUUUUACAGAUGUAGAAACUGUUCGAAGAUUCGCAGAAGCACAUCCAGUUUUGGUAGAAGCUGCCCAAAAUAUAGCUGCAGCUGUUCAUGCUGAAGCACAUAAUAAUGUAACUGUUGGCUCCAAUUCUUCAUUAGCUAAUUCACAACCUACUGUCUAUUCUUAUAGUUUAGACAAUUUAAGUGGUGAUGAAGAAAUGGCAGGAGAUUCUUCUCAAUCUUCAGAUUCUACACAACCAUCAAAUUUAUCUUCUAAUCCAACAAAUUCUGCAGUUACUGUUGCACAACUUGCAGCAGCAGUUUCUAGAGCAACAGCUGAAAGUUUUCCUUUUUUAAAUUCUACUUCUUCCACUUCAACUGGUAGCACGAAUUCUGGAAUAAUAACUACAGAAAUGUUUACACAAGCUAUGCAGCAAGUUCAUACACCACCAGUUUUACCACGAUCCUCGGAUUUACAACAAAUGUUAGCGCAAAUGCAUGAAUUAGGACUACAAAAUGAUACACUGAAUCUUCGAGCAUUACAUCUUACAAAUCAUGAUGUACAAGCAGCGAUUGAUCUUGUGUUUAGUGGUUUUAGCAAUAAUUAAGUUGGGUAAAUUGGAGUCUACA